AUGAAGCGACUUUUGAACUCGGUUGUGAGCACGGGUCGUAUCAAACGCACGUUUCCAGCCAGCAUCAUCAUCGACGAUCGGGUUGAGGCUCUCGACCACUCAGCUCAACGUGAGGGGGCAGAGCAAGACUUCUCUCGCCCCGAGUGGACGUAUUGGACGGACGGCUCGCUGCGGGGCGGGAGCUCCAGCAACAACAGCUUCAUGGGAGCAGGAGUCACUUGCUUCAAGACCGACAGAUCGGGCUUCAAGAAGGUUGGUUACCCGAUUGGGCGGAACUGCGGGUGCACUAAUGACGCAGAGCUUUACGCUAUUUCCGAGGCCCUAAAGCUUGCUUUAGAAGACAUUCACGACAAGCGUGGCGCUAAAGUCAUCCUGUACACAGACUCUCAGGAAGUUCUGAAAUCCCUUAAAACUGGCAUUCCUGUUCUCGUAGGGCCGGUCGUUUCUUCGCGUCUUGUGGUCGCCGAAGCAUAUGAGCGAGCAGAAGCACUGCGCGCCGGUGGGGUGGACCUGGAGCUUCGGUGGGUUCCAGGCCAUAGUAGUUCCAAAGGCAAUGAUGCUGCCGAUAUAGCGGCCUAUGCGGCGUCGAGUUGCUUCCAGGACCUGCAGAAGCUCGUCGGUCCAGUCGAGCUUACGCUCCUGCGCGAGAACAUGCAAGGUGCCACAAAAGAUGUCCGCGAAGAGUAUCUCUACCGAGCAAGCUUGCUGAGCACUGGACCGGUCCGGUUCCUGCUGGGGUCGAAUCCGACAAAAGAAGUCACUGAAGCAGGUGUGGCUGAGUGGCGGGAGAAUGGAGGUGAUAUCAACGCUCUUCCUACAAAAAAUCACGAGUAUGAGGGAGAUCUUCUCGAAGUGACUAGCAAAGAUAAACAUCGCGUCGAAAGUUCAGAGACUUUGGACAAUUGGGAGGAAUACUGGGGCCUUAAUUCGAAGUACGAUCCAGGGCCGCGUGGUAACGUAAAUUUCCACCCCUACGAUUUUAGUUUGUAG